AUGAAGUUCUCCAUCACCUCCGUCUUGAGCGCUGCCUCUGCUGUCGUUCUUUUGGCCCUCUCUGCUGUCCCUGCCUCUGCUCUGCCUGCCGCUCCUGCUGCUGUCCAAAACAUCGAGAAGCGCGCCAGUGAGAUUAAGGGUCUCAACAACUACUCCUGCAAGCCUGCCAAGGGCCAACGCCCCAUCGUUUUGGUCCAUGCCACCUUGCUGACCCUCAACUCGUGGGACGACGUCGCACCCGUCCUGAUCAAGAGGGGCUACUGUGUCUAUGCCUUGACCUACGGAGUCAACAAUGCCGUCCCAGGCGGCUUUGGCGGUCUGAACUCGAUCGAGUCGUCCGCCCAGGAGUUGUCCGACUUUACUAACAAUGUUUUGAACAAGACCGGGUCCAGCCAGGUCGAUAUCGUCGGCCACUCCCAGGGAGGCAUCUUAGCCCGCUACUGGAUCAAGUACCUCGAUGGCAAGGGCAAGGUCUACCGCCACGUCGGUGUCUCGCCCAUCAACCAUGGUACCACCCUCAGCAGCAUUGUUACCAUUGCAAAGACCUUUGGAAUCUUUUAUCCCUCCCAGGAACUUUUUGACAAAUUUGCCCCUUCCUUCUACGAAAUGGUCAACACGUCUGACUUUAUCAAGAAGUUGAACGCUGGCGGUGACGUUGCCCCCGGUGUCAUCCACUCCAACAUUGCCACCAAGUUCGACGAGGUUGUCACCCCCUACCAGACCUGCUUUCAGCAGGACGCCGGCGUCACCAACAUCCUCCUUCAGGAUCUUUGCUUGCUCUCCCUCAACGAGCAUCUUACCAUGGUCAACUCCAACGUCGUCAUUCAGUUCAUCCUGAACCAGCUCGACCCCGCGAGCGCCAAGACCGCCAACUGCCUCUCCAUCCUCAAGGGAUUUUAA